AUGACUUUAUUGAUUAGAUGUGUGCUUUUAUAUUUACUUGUUUUAGUAUGUAUAAAUUGCUCAAAUGAAAAUAAUCAAUCAAAUAACAAUGACGCUAAAAACACUGAUAUAGGAGGAAACCAAAAUGGGAUAGAUUUAAGUCAGAUUCAAAGCAUUUUGGAUUCUAUAAAAGCUAAAAGUAAGGAUAGUUCGAAUCAAAAUAAUGGAAACCAGCCAAGUAAUAAUAAUAAUAUAAUGAACUUAAUAAAUAAGCUUAGCAAUUCUAAUAGCGAUAAUAAUGCAAACGCAGGAAACGGACUUGAAAGUUUAACAAAAUUGCUUGGAAAUUUAGGGAAAAAGGAUGGAGAUCAAAACGGAGGAAGCGGACUUGAAAGUUUAACAAAGUUGUUUGGAAAUUUGGGUAAAAAGGAUGGAGAUCAAAACGGAGGAAGCGGGCUUGAAAGUUUAACAAAAUUGCUUGGAAAUUUAGGGAAAAAGGAUGGAGAUCAAAACGGAGGAAGCGGACUUGAAAGUUUAACAAAGUUGUUUGGAAAUUUGGGUAAAAAGGAUGGAGAUCAAAACGGAGGAAGCGGGCUUGAAAGUUUAACAAAAUUGCUUGGAAAUUUAGGGAAAAAGGAUGGAGAUCAAAACGGAGGAAGCGGACUUGAAAGUUUAACAAAGUUGUUUGGAAAUUUGGGUAAAAAGGAUGGAGAUCAAAACGGAGGAAGUGGACUUGAAAGUUUAACAAAAUUGCUUGGAAAUUUAGGGAAAAAGGAUGGAGAUCAAAACGGAGGAAGCGGGCUUGAAAGUUUAACAAAAUUGCUUGGAAAUUUAGGGAAAAAGGAUGGAGAUCAAAACGGAGGAAGCGGACUUGAAAGUUUAACAAAGUUGUUUGGAAAUUUGGGUAAAAAGGAUGGAGAUCAAAACGAGAAAAAUCCGCUCGAAAGUUUAACAAAGUUGUUUGGAAAUGCAAGUAAAAAUGAAGGAAAUGAAAAAGUAGGAAACCUACUUGAUGGUUUAUCAAGCUUGAUUGGAAAUUUAAGUAAAAAACGUGGGGAUGAAAAUAACAAAAAUCCGCUUCAUGAUAUUCAUUCAUUAUUUGGAAAUUGGUUAAAUGAUGAUAAUUCUAAAGACACACCAUUUUUAUUAGAUAAUAGUGUUGACCAUUUUUCCGAAAAAUCAAAACAGGCAAUUUUGUCACAGUAUAAUAAUGAUGAAAGAGAAUUAUUAAACCAAUUAGAAUCUUUAAUAAAUAAAAAUAAAGUUCUUACUAAUAUUAAAGAAAUCAAUGAAAAAAAUGCAAAACUGAAAGCUCAUAUUUCUACAUUAAAAGAGAAAUAUAAUUCAUAUUCAUACGAAGGGCAAUUAUUAAAUGAUAUGAUAAAUGAAGAUGAUAUAAAAAGUAAAUAUAAUAUAGAUGAUAAAUUUGAGAAUAAGAUAUAUGAAAUAGCAAAAAAAGGUAUAGUAUAUGAAGAAAUAAGUGACUUAGAAAAAGAUAAAAAAAGUAAAAUGUUUGAAGACAUCAAUGAAUUAGAUAAUAAGGAUGCAAAGGAUAGUGGUACAAUUAAUACUCAUACAAUAAAACAUGAUCAAAUUGAAAACGAUUCAUUAUUAAGAGGUAUAAUAAAUGGGGGUAAAGACAAUUUACAUGAAUGUAAUUGUUUUUCUAACAAAGUAAAAAAAUGUAUAUUUUCGUAUAUUAAUUAUAGCAAUUUAGAAUAUAUGCUAGGAAGUUUAAAUAUUGAUGUAAAUUCUAUGGUAACAAAAUAUAUAAGUGAUAACACAAAAAAUCACGAUUUUAAAAAAUCCAAAUCGUUUCUUGUUCCUUUACCACCACUAAAUGCUAAAUCCAAUAUAAAGAAUGUAAAUGAAUAUAUACUAAGAGUUCCGCGCGUUUUAUUUUUGGCAACAAAGAAAUCAUUUUCUUCAUCAACAGAUCGAUAUUUUUUUAAUUUGUAUGAUAUAAUGGAGAGUCAAUUAAAAUGGAAUGUGUAUAUAUGGGGAUAUGGAUUUAAAUAUUAUCCUUUAUUUUUUACAAAAAAUUUACAUACAUUAUUACAUAAAUAUGAUCAUCAAAUAGGUCGUGAACCAUUUGAUUUAAUAUUUGUGCAUAGUAGCUUUAUAUCUAAUUAUUAUAAUCAUUAUUUUUUUUUGAAAAAUAUGCCUAAAAUGACAACCUUGAUAUUUAUAAAUGAUGGAUGGGACAGCAAUGUAAAAAAAUCGUAUAUGAAUUUAAUUCCGCACAUUUUUUUUCAAAACCAAGUAAAUAUAUUUGAAUAUAAUCCAUUGAGUAGUAUAGAUAUAGAAACAGAGAAAAAUAAGUUAAAUAACAAUAUAUGGAAUAAAGUAUCUAACAAUAGUACAAGCAACGUUAUCACAAAUAAACACAAAAAGAAAAAGGAUAUAAAGAAGAGUAGUAAUAAUUUUUCUGAUGACAAUAUUGAUUCAGAUAAUAAUGAAUUAUGGAAUGCAGAUGAUGAUAAUAUAAAUGAACAUACCUUAUGGGCAUUUUUACCCCAUGGUAUAAAUCCAUGUUGUUCUAAGCACGUGGAUAUGUGUUUUGAGAUAAAAGGGUACAAAAAUGGAUAUAACAAGAAUUCUCGAUAUUAUUAUAAUAUUGCACAAAAAAUAGAAAAUAAAUAUAGAAGAAGCAUAAAAUUAAGUUAUUCAUUACUUGAUUUAUUUGUACCUGAAUGUACUUUUAAAGAACCACCCAUUGGUAUGUUUGACAUAAGUAAUAGAGAUAUAGAUAUUUUAUAUUUAUAUAAUGCAACAUCGAGUAACUAUAAUGAUUUUCUUAUACAAAAAAUUAUGGAUCAUAUAUAUAAUAAGAAUAUAAAUAAUUUAAAAGAUCGAAUACAUAAAUAUGAAGUGGAUUCUUAUUAUUGGAAAGUUUGGGGAUUGCAAACAACUCAUAAACUUAUAAAAAAUAAAAUGAAAGAAUAUUCAAACAUAUUACAAAGAAGUAAAAUUUGUGUAAUUAGCUCAAAAUUUGCAGGUAUGUUAAAUAAAAUGGUUAUAGAUGCCAUGUUUAGUGGUUGUAUUGUUAUAACUGAUAAAAGUCAUAAUAAGGAUAUUAACAAAUAUAUAGUAUUGACACAAAUACCAUAUGAAUAUUAUGAAAUUCCUGAUUUAAUAUAUAAUAAUGAAAAUAUAAAUUCCUUAUCAAUAGAUUUAAUUAAGAAAAUUACUACAACGCUUAAUGAAGUAUAUAGUGGCGCACGAGACCAGAUGAGAAUAGAUGCAUUUAAAGCAGUUUUAAAUACAUAUACUUAUCCCGGUGUAAUUUUAAAUUGGAUUUUACCUACAUUAUAUUUCCACCAUAAUAAAGAAAAAUACAAAAUUAACAAUAAUUAUUUUGUUUUACCACAAUAUUUUAAAAGUAUUAUAUCAAAGAGCUUAAAAACAAGUAGUGCUAAAAGAGAAAAAAUUAUAGCGAAUAUUGAUUUGUCUUUACAAGAAGAUUUAAUAAUGAAUAAUAAUGAAGUCUUAAUCUGGUUUAUAAUAUGGGUUAUUAUUUUUUCUGUUAUAUUUUGUUAUAUAUUAAAAAAUAACAGUAUAGUUAGUUAUUUUUUUAAAAAGAGAAAAUUACACCUAUGA